AUGUUCUCAAAAACAGGAAAUCAAACUGGUGUUGAAAAACCACAAGUUUUUGUUACCUACUCUCAGCCCUAUAAACAACAGCGAUGCUCUAAUCGAUUGGAAAACGCAUUAGAACAUAUGCGUAGACGUAAUAUUCAAAUACCAGCCUCGCGUUCAAUGAAUUACGAAUAUCAAGAAACACCCUACACUUUAUAUUAUUCCCUUUACGGACAACAAAGCGAUUCUGAAGACGAUUUUUAUUCUGGCGGUAGUGCACGUGGAUAUUUCACAAAAAAUAUAAAUCGUAAUAUUAACGAUCCUUUCGAUUUCGAAGCCAUAUCUAAUAGCCCGCGACAACCACAUAAAUUGUCAGUGUCGAGAGUUGAUGUGGAAGAUUUACGUGUAAAGUUGCCUUCAAAAGUAGCCAAUCAUUGGGUAGAAAUAGACAAAUGUAAAUUUAGUGCAGAAAACUCAACGUUAGAUACUCGUCUCAUUUUUCCAGAUUUAACAUUAAGUGGUAAAAUAGUCCUUCAACCUACUGGAGGCAAAUGUCAAAUGAUAUUACGUCUCCGACAUGCAGGUAUCGAAUUUCGUACAAUACCCAUUGGCUUUAAUGUAGCUAAUAAUGAAGAAUCACGACGAAUGGGAUCAGCAUCUGUACGCACGGAUUCGCAUUUUGCUGAACCCGGUUUUAUAUCCGUUUUUGCACAUGGUUGUCAAGGCCCAACUGGUAUAAGGCUGCGACAAAACUCUAAACGGCGUUUUGGAGUUGUAGCCGAACAUCACACAACAUCCUCAGCGCCUGAGAUUGAGCUUUCAGAGCCACAAGUUAUAAUGGGUACAGAUAAUAAUAAGCGUUGGGGCAAGUUUCAUAAUCCCUAUAAUCCAAUUUAUGACAUACGCAGUACUAACUAUGGACAGAAAAAUUUAAGAGAUCAGGAAUUAUUGUGGAAUAAUAACGAAAAUGAUUCACACGAACCCUAUAGCGUAGAUGGCGAUAAUUUUUAUCGCAGACAUUUUAGAUAUAAACGGGGUACAAGUGAACCUUUCCGCUCCUUUAAUGUACCAAUGGGCGACAAAGUCAAUUUUAGUGCUGAUAUAUUGAAUUUUGGUGAUGACUUGCAGGAGUUAGUACAACCAGAUGCUAGAGCAUUUGCUCAAUUAUUUAAUAACAAUAAUGAUGGCAGAGGGCUGUAUCCCACAAAUUUUGGAGAAGGUAAUGAAAUUGAUGAGGCACUUACUAGUGAAUUAGAAAAGUUAUUUUCAAUGGGUGUACGGAGUUUACUUACAACUUAUAUGCAAAGAGCACUACAGCCAGCUAUUAAGGAAACUUUAAUGGAGAACAUGGGAUACACAUUAAGCUACGGAUAA